AUGAAUUUUCUGAUAUUCGGAUUAAUCGGAUAUCUCUAUCCUUAUUUUGAAGAACCAAAUGUUGAUUACAUAUGCGAUGCUAAUUACACUCAAGUGCUAAAUGAGCACAGAAAUUCAUUUGUUUUCAUUAAAUCUAAAAUCUGCUCACAUUGCAAAGAAUUUUAUCCUAAUUUCCAAUUGCUCGCCAAGCAAAAUCCACACAAAUGCAAAUUCUACAUUGUUGACUACGAAAAUUGCAAACAAACAGUUCGCUAUUUUAAUGUUUCAGGAACUCCCGAAUUAAUUCUUCCAAGAUACGGAAAAUAUGCAAAAUGCAUCAACAGAGAUAUAAAAGGACCACUGCUCGAGUGCAUGAACGAAAAAUUCACCCCAGCAGGAAAAUUAAUCGAUACAUACACAGAAUUUAUAGAUCUUCUCAAUGCAAACAAAAGUUUCUUCAUUGCAAACCAUCGACUUUCAAAGGAAGAACAACGAGAAGCUGAUGAAUUUUCUUUGGAUUAUCGAUUUUAUUCAAUUGUUUCAUGGGAUAUUCUUCAUCAAGCUCUUCCACAAUACAAACCAAAGGCAAACUUAUUAUAUUACCGUGCUGAAGAUCGUCAAUUCCUUGAAGUUUCUACUAAAAUUGAAAGAAAUUUAAUUUCCGAAUUCCUUUCUAAGAACAAAAAUCCGAAAUACAUGAGGUAUUCGCCAGAAAUCGUUAACGAGGUAUUUGUUAAUGGUGCAAAUGUCGUAAUGGUUAAAUUUGAUAAAUCAUAUGAAGAAUUUACAAACGAUGACUUAAGAAUCCUCGAAAACAUUGGAAGUGCAGGUGUAAAGACUACAUAUUUCACCUCAAUAACAGGUACAGUCUUUGAUGAUGUUGUUCAACCACCUUCUGAUGCUCCAACACCAGUUAUCGCCGUUAUUGCUGUAAGUGCAGAUCCAGAACCUAAACGAUGGAUAAGAAGAACCGACCAAAUUCCUUCAGAAUUCAUAAAAGAAGUAAUUAGUGGAAAAAUCCCUGCGUAUGUUAAAUCAGAAGAAUUACCAACAGAUAAUGAUGGACCAAUUAAGCGGAUUGUUGGGUUAAAUUAUGAAAAAGAAGUCGGAAAUUCCGAAAAACCGUUCGUAUUACUGAUUUACACUAGCGACAACUACGUAACAUCUGUCUUGAUGGAUAAACUGGUCGAUGCUGAGGCUGAAAUUGGUAAUUCGGCUUUGUUUGGAACAGUUGAUUACAGUAAAAACGCAAUUCCUUUGGAUGUUAAAGAAAAAACACCCAUCGUUGCUAUUAUUCGCAGAGAAAAGGCCAUUUACUACACAAAAGAAGAGAAAUCUGAUCUUAUUACGUGGAUCAAAUCUAAUCUCUCAAAUGACGAGCUUUAA